AUGAGAAAAUCCAAGAAGUUAAAUAGCCUAGUUAAGAGUGUACAAUUUUUUGUAAAGAAAUGCAGAGAACAAAAUCAGAAGUUGCUCACUAUGAGCAGUUUGGAUGAAACCAAUGAUGCAUAUGCUUCAGAAAGUUUUGCAGAUGCUAAGAUAUAUUUUGAUAAAAGCUGUAAAGCACACUCAGUUGCAAAUAGCUCCAAAGGUUCCAGUGAUUCAAAAUAUGGUAUGUACAGAAAGUGUGCUAACACACGUAGCAAUAAGUUAAGGAGAGCGCACACACAAGGAAGUUUUCAUAAUUUAUGUGAUUAUCAGGACAACGAGGAUGGUAAAAAGUUCACUGGAGUGAAGAAAGGAGGGGAAGAAAUGGGCAUCAAAAUGGGGGGCGAAAUAAGCCAAAACAUAGGAAACAAAAUGGGCGACGAAAUAGGCGACGAAACAGAAGCCAUAGGAAUCACCGACCAAAUAGCUAAAAUGACGGGUGUAGAAGCUUCCAAAGAAGAUAAAUCAAAGGACACAAAAAUGGAUAACAUAAAAACGGAUGACAUUAAAAACGAGAUGAUUGCUUACGAUUUACAUUUACUGAAUUUAUACAAAAAAUUAGAGAGCAGUUCAAAAAAUAGCAAAUUAAUUAAAAAGAAUAAAAUAAAAAAAACAAAAACUUUGAGAACAUGCAAUUCAGAAGUGUUAAGGAUAAAGAAUGAACUUUAUUUAAGAAGGAAUAACCAUAAUAAGGAAAAAACAAAAAUAAGUAAUAAUAAUAAAAUAAAAGAUAAAAUGAAAAACAAAGUGAAAAACAAAAUGAAAGAUAAAAAAAAAAAAAAAAAAAUGGUAAACAACAAUUCUGAAGAGAAAAAUGAAUUAACGCAAAACAUUUCACUAGACAGUCAAAAGUUAAAGUCCAAAAGCUCCUUUUUAACACCUAGUGAAAAUUUUUCUAAAUAUCAUAAUAUAGAUUAUUCAAAAAAAAAAACAUUAGAUGGACUUUAUUUUUUCCAAGAGGGAUUAUCAAAUAGAUUAAAUAAAAAAAGCAAUACAUCCUCCUAUGACAUUGGAUGCAUGUAUAUGAAUAAUUAUGCUAGUGCCAAAAGUUCUAAAGAAUUAACGAAAAAAAAAAAAUCAAAUGAUAUUAUAUUAUUAAAAAAUAGCUCUACUAAAAGUUUUCGUAGAUUUAAAUUUUUAAAUGAUAAUAAAAAGAACAUAGAAUAUUAUAAAAAUAUGAUUGAAAAUUUAGAGGGAGCUGUUGGUAGUACUAGUAGUAGGUAUAAAAAGAAAAACAACACUAGUUCUAUAGAUAGUAUUAUUAAAAUAAUAAAUUGUUUGCUUCAUGAUUAUGUGCCUAAAUUAAUUGAUAGAUAUGAAUAUUACAUGAACACAUUAGAUGAUAGAAAUAAAUUAUUAAAACAAAAAAUGAAAGAAUCUUUAGACUUUGGGGACAUUCAAUAUGAAGAAAUACGUGAACUCAAAGCUCAAUUAAUUCAAAAAAAUAAUGAAAAUAAAAAAUUAAAUGAAACAAUUGAUAUCUUAAAAGAUAAAAUGUUAUACAUAAAUGAAUUGGAAUUAAAAAAUGCAGAAUAUUUAGAUGAAAUUAUGCUUAUGAAAAGUAGAGUAACCUAUUUAGAAAAAAUUUUAGAGGAAAAUGAUCAAUCUAAGGAGUCACAAGAACUUCGAAAGAUGCGUCGGAAUUUAAGAAAAAUAUAUAAAAAUAUGAAGAAGGAAAUGAAAUAUAUCACUACUUUAAAAUCGAAAUAUGUUAAUAAGUAUAAAAAGAGAAAAUUUUACAUAAAUAAAUGGAUUCAUUUGAGGGAAAAGAUGGAGGAUAGAGAAAUUCCCACGUACGAAGAUGCGGAGGAGGAUGCUGAGUUGUUAAUAAUGGACACACUAAGAAGUGGGUCAAAAUGCGCAUCAAGAGAAAAGGUUGAUGAUGAAGGUGGUGAAAAUAAAGGAAGGUUACAAGUUAGCACUGCGGAACAGGAAGAGUUAGCGGAUGGAGUAAAAACGUUGGAGAAGUGUGCAAACGAAUGUGCUGAAAAAUAUGCUGACAAAUGUGUAGGCACUAGUGAAAUAUACACAGUGCUCGAAAUGGAUGACCAAGAAAACAGUGAGCUAUUAUUCCUAAAAGAACAAAAAGUAAGCAACUAUAAGAGAAAAAAAGUUACUACUAAAGAUAAGAAAAUUAACACUAUUUUGAGCAAUUACACUUUUGUCGAGUUGAUGAAAAAAGAAGAAAGGAGUAAUAGGAAAGCUUAUCACAAUAUAUGCACCUUAAUACCAAAGGAGAGCUAUCCGUAUUACCAUUAUUUUUAUAGUAAUGUAUUACUUCAACACAAGAGUAAUAGAAGCAACCGAAGGAAUAGACAUUUCCCCAUUAGGUGUGAUGAGGGAUGCAAAUACAUUGCUCCUGAAAAGGCAGUAAUUGAGAAUGAAACUUACUUAUCCUUGUGCAGAAAAUUAAAGGAGUGCUUUUAUGAGCAGUACUUUUACAAGUGCGAUGGAGAGACAAGUGGCGAUGGUUGCUGCGGUAGGCACUGCAGUUAUGAUAAUGUCGUCGACGAUAAUGGUUAUUUCAACCAUGAUGGCAACACGUUGUCCACAUACAACAAGUUCUUUCAGAGUAACAAAAUGUGCGACAUUUUACCUGACCAAGCAAGGAAAACCCAUUAUUGGAAAUACAUGAACAAAGAGGAUGGUUCAUUUUGCAUGGUCGAGCAUAAAAACGGGGAUAGUAAAAGGGAUAAUGAGAAGUAUAAUAACAGGUAUAGUAACAUGUAUAAUAACGGGGAUAACAACGCAGAUACGAGAAAAAAUAAAUACCGGAAGCUUCCUUUCGAUUGCUGCUAUAAAGUGGACAGAAUAUUAAGCGGAAAAAUAAACUGUUCCUUGUGGGGUUCCGAAACUAUAUGUGGUGAUGGCAAAGAUAGUACAUCUUGUAAAAAAGAAAAUGGUGCAAGAAAGAAGUCUAACAUUUCUAAUAAUAGUUCUCUGAUAAAUAAAAAGUCAAGGACGAGUAAGCGAAAUAAUUUAUUCUCAAACAGAGACACGCCUAAGUGUAAUUGUAAUCGUAGUUGUAGUCGUAAUUGUAGGUGUAAGUAUAAGUAUUAUUACCGGGUUUGCCCCGAGGCAGGCGCACAUGAACACAACAAUAACAAAAUUGAAAAUGAUAAUAGUAACAGUAUUCUUGCUGGUAUUCUCAGUGGUAAUAGAAACAAACACACCUACCACAAUAGCAUGACGAUAGGCAACAAAAAUGAUAGAGAGUGCGAUGGAAAGAAUGGAACUGAGGUCAGCACGCACAAGAGCUACUACUGUUAUUACAAAAAAAUGGAUGCUAACUGUGUUAAUAAUAGGAACGAUAAUAAUAAUAGAACUACAAAUGUUGACACUGCAGCGAGAGAGAAUAAAACAAGUGCAAAUAUCAUCUGUGAUGAGCAUAAAAGUAGUGUGUCUAAAAAAAAUAUACUGAUGAAGGAGGGGGGUGAGAAGGAUAUCUUUUUAACUAGUGCAUGUAAUAAUGAAAGAGUUAAUAAUUUUAAAAAAUUCUUAACAUUAUGUAGUUUCCAUUUUGUAAAAAAUAAGAGUACAAAAAAUUUAAAUAAUAUAUUUGAUCAUCCGGAAGGGGAAAGAGUACAGUUGAAUAAUGUUACAUAUAACAAAGAUGCACAAACCCAGCUAAAAAAUAAACAUGGGGAAGAUCAUCCUAACAAUAAUAAUAUUAUUAGAAGUAACAAUACUAGAAAUAAUUAUAACGUUUGCCAAGUGAACAAUUAUUAUAACUGUUACAAUGUACAUCCCUCCUACAGUGUGCACAAUGCAAAUGAUAACUAUAAUGUUCAUAAUAAUUUAAUAAUUCCAGAUAGCUAUCUGGGUAAUCGGGAUAAUACUGGAUAUGAGCAUUUUCAUAACUUAAAUACAAGUAUUGCUGAUAAAGCAAUAAAAAAAAAAAUAAAGGUAAAUUCUGAACUAAUUAUACGAGGAAAUUAUCCAAAUGAGAAUAUUAUUACGGAUGAGUGGUCCAAACAUAUUUCUCAUAUGAGGGCCCCUUAUAUACAAAGUAAAGAACCAUUCUACAAGGGGUGCAACGAAUAUACUACAAGUGAUGCUUUGUGUCCCUAUAUUAAAACGUUGAGAUAUCACAAUUCGUUUAAUCAAUAUUUGGAUAUAGACACACAAAAAUUUGAUGCAAUUAACAGAUACUUGCGCGAUCAUUUUUUAUACACUCAAGAUGUGUAA